CUAAUGCUGAGUGGCUUAGUUGGAGGAUGAGCUGAAAGAGGAAGAGAAGGGCUGAGUGUGAGAGUGGGAGGGAGCCAUGGAGACCCGGGCACUGGCAGCUCUGGCUGUGCUGCUGGCAGUCACUGUGAGAUGGGCAGUGUCCCUGGGGCCCUAUUCAGGAGCUGGGAAACCACCAAUGUUUGGAGAUUAUGAAGCCCAGAGACAUUGGCAAGAGAUAACCUUCAACCUUCCAGUUCACCAAUGGUACUUUAAUACUACGGACAACAAUCUUCAGUACUGGGGGCUUGACUACCCGCCGUUGACUGCUUACCACAGCCUGUUGUGUGCUUACAUUGCCAACGUGUUGGAGCCAGACUGGGUCUCGCUGAACACCUCCCAUGGGUAUGAGAGUCUCCAACACAAGCUGUUUAUGCGGGCAACGGUUCUAGUUGCAGAUUUGAUCAUCUACAUCCCUGCUGUUAUCCUGUUUUGUAUCUGCCUGAAAGAAACACCGGCCAAAAGAAAAAUCUCAUUGUUGUUCUGCAUUUUGCUGUAUCCUGGUCUUAUCCUCAUAGACUACGGCCACUUCCAAUAUAAUUCUGUAAGCCUUGGCUUGGCCUUAUGGGCGGUCAUUGCCCUCUCAAGUGACUGGAUCCUUCUGGGAUCAGUGGCCUUUUGCUUUGCUUUGAACUACAAACAGAUGGAACUUUAUCACUCGCUGCCGUUUUUCUGCUAUCUUCUGGGAAAAUGUCUUAAAAAGGGUCUUACAAGUAGAGGGUUGGUUGUGUUACUCAAGAUCGCAGUCACGGUGGUGGUCUCCUUUGCUCUUUGCUGGAUUCCAUUCUUGACGUCGACUGAACAAGUCCUCCAGGUUCUCAGAAGACUGUUCCCUGUGGGCCGCGGGCUCUUUGAGGAUAAAGUGGCCAAUGUUUGGUGCAGUUUAAGCAUCCUUUUCAAAAUAAAGAAUAUAUUAUCUCCAGAGACACAGUUACGACUCAGCUUUGCCUGCACGUUGCUAAGUGUAAUCCCAACGUGUAUAAAACUAACAGCAAGGCCGUCUUUUGGAGGAUUUAAAUUUGCUUUGGUAAACUGUUCAUUAUCCUUCUUCUUGUAUUCCUUUCAAGUCCAUGAAAAAUCCAUUCUUUUGGUUUCCUUGCCGGUAUGUUUAAUUAUGAAUGAGGUCCCACUGAUUUCCACAUGGUUUCUACUUAUAUCAACAUUUAGCAUGCUGCCCCUUCUGAUCAAGAAUGGAUUAUUCGUAUCUUACAUCAUUACCACCCUCUCGUUCAUUCUGUCCAGCGGUGCCUUGCUGUCGAUACAUGGGAAGAUUUCCGAGGACUCUCUAAAACUGAAGCCAUUUUGUAUUUCCAUUAGGAGAUAUUUGCCGUGGUUUAAAAUCCCGGGGUACCUGAUCAGGCUCCUAUUCCUGGGGUCAUUAUUGGUGAUGGCAGCUCUGACAUUUGCAAGUGCUGUCUUGGCUCCGCCUCCCAGCCUUCCCGACCUCUUUCCCGUGCUGAUCUCUGGAGUCUCCUGUGCUCAUUUCCUGAUAUUUUUGUUUUAUUUUAAUGUGGUUCAUAUCUGGAACAGUCUCGAUGAAAGAAAGAAGAAAAAAAUAUCUUGAUUUUUAUUUUAUUUUUACUUUUCUAUAUGUAAUUUUCUUCUUUUUUUU